UCGCAUUCCUUUUUUUUAUGACCAAACUACCUAUUUGCUUGGGGAACUAAAAACCCCUCAGAUGACAAAUUACUAACAGACGAAGAAUAUGGUGACCAGAUUCUCGUCAACCUCGUCUGACCCAUAACUAUAAACCCGGCAACACGACGCGCAGAAAGGAGCCUUAACUCCAGACGGGGGAUGAUGGAGAUCUUUGUUAUAUCGCGCGACUCACUCAAAACUGGCCGUGCGAUGUUCCGACAAACAGAAACGAAACCUAAUACGUGCUUUUAGAAAUCUUAAGAGCACGUGGCGGAAGUUUCUGUUUGCAAUAAAACUGCACUUAAAAUUUAGAAGUAUGGAUCGUCUGUCAACAUAAAAACAGGGUCGCAAGAUAAGUAAGGAACCCCAAUAAAAGAGAAAUCGGCGAUAGCCAAAAAACAAAUGCGUCACUGGAAAGAACCAAUGGGUUACACCCCCAAAAAGACAGUGAGGCCUUAAGAGGGGGGCUUACCAAUGGAAAACCGGAAAAAUCGAUAACCGUCUCUAGCUUUCCAGGAUAGGCAAAAACUUAAGAAUCUACCUCUUGGGUGAGGAACAUCUCAACCAAUAAGAAAUCCGUUAAACAAAAAUUAGAAACAUCCCGCCAACCCGAAAUCCUUUAAACGAAAACCAGACACACCCCACAUGAAAUCCACCCCUUCCAUUCUUUACAUUUUCUUAUAUAAACCCCGAGAUUGCGGCAUCAUCAAAGAUCUAACGCGAAGGAUGAAUCGGGAGAGCGAGUUCCUCCACCUCCCACCUGACCAGAUCGUGCCCGAAACGGAGGUCGCCGUUCGUGAAGGAAGACGGUGGCAGAGGGGCUUUGUGCUCCAAGUUGAAAGAGGGGACCGAGUGACGGUUGCCCUCAGAGACUGGGGCCGCGCCGUCCAGCGGCCUAUGAUCGAGGUUUACAUCCUCGAGGAUCGUUUCCGUCAGCUUGAAUGGCAGGCCAUCCCCUGUGGUCUAGGCCACAUCCGACCACUCGAAGGAAGGAUGCGAUGGACCCGUAGGUCCAUUGCCCUAACAAAACGCCUAGUUGAGAAAAGAGAGGGAUGGAUAGAGAUCCGGCGGCCGGUCAAGGACGAGGCCGCCAUCAUCAAUUUCCGAGCGAGGCCCGAGAGCGAAAAUGAGACGCGAGAUCUGGCGGAAUUGCUCGUGCAAAUGGGAUGUACCCAGCACAGCGAAUUCGAAGAGGUGGUGGCCAUCCCUGGGAUUCUCUCCUUCAUUCACUUGUAAGAACAGAGAAUCUUAGCGAGUAAAAUACAGCGAGCCUUUUUGUAACCUUUCUUUUGCGUAAUCAUUUCUUUAUUAUUAACAGCUUUUAAAGCGCUUUUUACGCGCAUGAUUGACGAAAGUGUUUUUGAGUGUUUUUCAAAGUGAAUUACAUGUUUUCAAGCAACGUUUUAGUCUUAGAAAUCAUUUUUGGCACACUAUGAAUCAAAAUCCAUCAAAAUAGCUAUCUGUCAAAAAAGUGCGAAACUCACAGCGGUUUUGGGAGGUGCAUUCUUAAAAGCGCUUUCAAAGCGCUUUGCACGCUGCUGUGCUACAUGGGUAGCAUUAGCAUAUCGCAUUGGAAUAUCUGUCAGAAUGUGCUGGAUUGAUACAAUGAGUCGAAGACAAACUCGAUGAGAUUAAAUGAAACUGUAUCUUUAUUACAACUGUGAUCGCUAGUACACACGUGUUUUAUCAAGAAGCGAUAAGCGAAAAGUGUAGCGCGGUGAGUCUCAGUAACUAAAGUAUCUAUGAAUAUAUAAUAUCACUAGAGCGGAAACAUAGUAAAAUAACAGAGUCGAUAAUCUACCAAUAGAAAUAAACCUUUACCCUAGUAACUUUGUGUGAAGCUAUUAUAACUGUAAACCUGAGAUAAGUAUAAAUUUGAAUGUAUACGUUAACUUUGUUCAACAAUAUCAACUGCUUAUUCCACAGUUAAAGAAACAUGUGAAAUAAUUUCAAACAUACUUAGUACUAAGUAUCUUAAUCUACCAACAUUAAAUGAGUGGAAAAAUAUAAGCACGGGAUUUUAGCAACAUUGGAAUUUUCCAAACACAAUUGGAGCUAUAGAUGGAAAGCACAACCAGAUACAAACACCAUCAAAAUCUGGGAGCUCAUAUUUUGAUUAUAAUAAAAAGACUUUUGUCGACAGCAAAAAUACGGCAACCCGCCGGAAACGAAAUCUGACAACCGUCGGCAGCAACAGUCCGGCAACCCGCCGGUAACAAAGUCCGACAACCCGUUGACAACAGAGUUC